UUCUACAGAAAUCAGGGACAGCGAGACCAAGGGGCCGGGACCUGCUCCCUCGUCAUGGGAUAAAACCCGAGGCCCAGGGCGAAGGGACUUGAGGCGAGGGUGGGGGUGAGGGCAGAGCUGCGCUUGCACCUCCAUCCUUAGGGCUGCCUCCGGCCACUUCCCAGCCCGUGCUGCCUCCUCAGUCUGCAGGUCUCAAGAGAAGCAGCUAGAAGAGGUCCAACCACCGGCAUCUCAAAGAGAGAAAGAGGACAGUGCAAGUGGACUUUAUUUCUAGACCGAGAUGGAUGGACAGGCCCCCGCCACGCCUGGAGGACAAAAGGUCGCCAACCAGAGGGCAGGAUGGAAAAUGCAGGUGGCCCUCAUACUGUGCCUGUUGCAAGCUGCCAAUGCGCUGAAGGGCCCGAGGCUGGUGUCUGGGGAGCCUGGGGGCGCUGUCACCAUCCAGUGUCGUUACACCCCCACGUCCAUCAACAGGCACCAGCGGAAGUACUGGUGCCGCCUGAGCCCCCUGACGUGGCUCUGCCACACCGUCGUGUCCACCAACCACUACACGCACGGUCGCUACAGUGGCCGCGUGGCGCUGGCGGACUUCCCGCACCGCGGCCUGUUUGUGGUGAGGCUGACCCAGCUGUCCCCGGAGGAUGGGGGGUCCUACCGCUGUGGCAUCGGAAACGGGAACGACAUGCUGUUCUUGAGCAUGAACUUGGCCGUCUCCGCAGGGAUGGGCUCUCCCAGUCCCAGCCCCAGAGCAUCGUCAGCUGCCAGUGAGCUCGUCAGGAGAUCCUUCGGAACAGCCUCUCCAGCGGCCAACAGAUGGGCCCCAGGAACCACCCAGACUAUAGAAAGGCAGGGGACAGAAUGGGGCAGAGCUGCUCUGACUCCAGAAACCAGCAAAAGAACAGCUUCAGCUAAGGGAAUGCAAACCCCAGGAACCCCUGGGUUGGUAGCUGCAGGGACAGUUAGCCAGGUAGAGAGUUCCAGCUGGGCCACCAUCCCUAUUCCGGAGAGUCCGGCUUCAGCAGUCGGAGGGAUGCCUGAUACAGUGGAACGUGAUUGGCUGUGGGGCACCAGGAGCUCAGCAACAAACAGAGCUGGGGCCAGAGAGGAGGGGAGAGAGACAACCGCUGAGGCCAAUAGGCUAAGAGAGGAAGCAGAAAGGGUCAGAAUAGCCCUGGCUACAGACUGGACCGUCAUAAAGACCAUCGGGCCAUCAACACUGGCCUCAGAAAAACGGGUGUGGGAAACCCACCAAGAACCAAGCUUGCUUUCUACGCCACAAGCCCUGGGCUCCAUUGAAGGAACUACUGGAGCUGCAGGUGUGCGGGCCUGGGGGCCCACCAGCACAGAGAUGUCAUCUGCCGAAGGGAGCACUGAAGGGGACCUAGACAUGCCUGCUGGAGGCAGUGGUCCCCAAACAGCACCAAGCCAGGACCUGAUAGCAGGACCCCUAAGGCCCCCAGGCAGGGGGUCCUCCAAGAAGAGUGCUUCUCCAGAAGAGAAAAACAUCUCUCGGAUGCUGACUCCUGUCUCCACGGUGCUGUUCCCGCUUGCGCUUGUGGCGCUUGUUCUAUUGCAAAGGAAGCUGCGGAGAAAGAGGACUUCUCAGGAGACAGAAAAGGCCCCAGGAGUCACCUUGAUUCAGAUGACAUAUUUGCUGGAGCUGAGCCUCCAACCAGAUCAGCUGCCCCAUGUGGAGAGGAAGAUACUCCAAGAGGGUUCUUCUCCUGCCUGUGCCACCAUGAGGGUCCCAGAGAGGGACCCUGGACCCUGAGGAAUGAAAGGAUAACAGGACCAAACACCAUGACCCCUUCUCAUUCUUCCUCCUCCGGUACACAAGGAAGUGAAUGAAGCUGGUACUUUAUUGGGGAAGCAAAGGCUGACCAUCCUUGGACCUACAAAGGUCAUGAACUGGCCACAGUCAAAGAUGACAGUGUGACUCAAAAAAGGCUUCAAGAAAGGAUUUAUUAAACACUGGUGGAGGUCACCUAGGAAAAAUGUAACAUUUCCAUUCUUGGAGGUUUCAAAAUGUAAGAGGUUUUCAAUCAGUGUGAGGAAUUACAAAUUUUCAACCAUCACAUCUAGCCCAUGCCAGUUGCCCUCUUUCCUGACGUCUGUUAGCAUUCAGCCUGCUGCAUACAUUGAAUUAUAUUCAUGUAUACUAGCCUUGCUUUCUCAAGUAAAUUCUAAGUUCUUUUAGGGCAGUAAUUGUGUUUUAUUUCACGAUGCCCCCAGAGAACUUUCAUUC